GCACCUCCAAAAGCCGUACCGAAGACUAUUGAAAAUCAGAGAGUAUAUGACGAAACGACUGUAGAUCCCAAUGAUGAAGAGGUUGCUUUUGAUGAAGCAACUGAUGAAUUUGCACCAUACUUCAACAGACAAACAGUUCCCAAGAUUCUUAUUACAACAUCAGACAGACCUCGUGGGAGAACAGUGAGAUUCUGUGAACAACUGUCUUCUGUUAUACCUAACUCGCACGUGUACUAUCGGAGAGGACUGGCUUUGAAAAGAAUUAUUCCACAGUGUAUUGCCAGGGACUUCACGGAUUUAAUCGUCAUUAAUGAAGAUCGCAAAAUACCAAAUGGUCUUGUUUUAAGUCAUCUGCCUGAUGGCCCAACUGCGCAUUUUAGAAUGAGUAGUGUCCGUUUGCGUAAAGAAAUAAAGCGAAAAGGGAAAUAGCCCACGGAACACGUACCUGAAGUAAUCCUGAACAAUUUUACAACACGACUCGGCCAUUCCGUUGGUCGCAUGUUUGCCUCUCUCUUCCCCCAUGAUCCUCAGUUCAUCGGAAGACAAGUAGCUACAUUUCACAACCAGCGAGACUACAUCUUUUUCAGAUUCCACAGAUACAUCUUCAAGAGUGAAAAGAAAGUAGGAAUUCAAGAACUUGGGCCACGUUUUACAUUAAAGCUGCGGUCUCUUCAAAAAGGAACCUUUGAUUCCAAAUUUGGAGAAUAUGAAUGGAUUCAUAAGCGCCGAGAAAUGGACACAAGUAGAAGAAAAUUUCACUUAUGA